CGCAAGGCGAAUGUUACGCCGUUGUCUGGGGAAUCCAGCACUUCCAUCUGUAUCUUUAUGGACAGAAGUUUCCUCUAGUGACUGAUCAUGAGCCACUGCUGGCUCUGAAGAGGCUCACUAAUUAUAUGGGCAUGAUUGGGCGUUGGGCGGUACACCUACAGGAGUACGAUUUCGACAUCGUCCAUCGGAAGACGGGGAGGCACGGGAACGUCGACGGGUUGACACGCCUGCACCGACCAGCUAAGUGGUCAGCUUGCUUAGAGGAUCGAACGGGAGGUGGCAGCUACCCAUCGUGCGCGGGGUAUCUUAACCCCCGGGGGAUCAUCGACGUCCUUUUCUUUCAGCCUCGAAUAGUGGAGGAAGAGACAACAGUGGCAGAGGAAGCGGACGUAGAGGAUGGAAGCGAAGAAGAAACCUCGGAGGAAGAAGGAAGCUACAGCGAGUACAGCAAGGAGGAAUCGGGGGCAAAGAGUGAAGAAGAAGAAGAAGAACAAGAAGAAGAAGAAGAAGAAGAAGAAGAAGAAGAAGAAGACGAAGAAGAAGAAGAAGAAGAAGAAGAUCGGUUGCAGGAAGAGGAAGGAUCUUUGUGGGAGACUCUAGGUCAGGAGGCGGAUCACGCAGAAGCUCAAGAGGAGGAUCCCAAGGCGGCAGCGCGAGGGAGAGAGGAGAUCGCGGUCGGAAAACAGCCGAUGGAGUAUGCAAGGGGCACGGAUUUGCCGAUCCCGAACGCCCCGACCAAGGAUCCCGAGCCACCCAAGAACGGCGAUGGGGACCCUACUGCCGAGACUUCGAGCGCACCGCGUGGAGGCAACGGAGUCGAUCCCCCUCCCCAUCCCCCCAUCCCCCAGUUCGAAUACGUGUCUGAUGCGGGGCAUCGGGCUUCGUCCUCGGUCGUUAUCCCGUCGUCCCCUUGAUUACCUCACCCUCUGCCAGAUUACCAUCCCGGUCCCUUUUCCCCAUAACCCCAUGGUGGUACCCGCUUCCCUCGCUUCCAUCGGAUCG